AAGAUUCGCCUCAAGGAUGUGUUCUCAUAAGAUUUGCUUGCUAGGGAUGUGACCUUAUCAUACCAUAUGAGGCUAACGGAUGUUCGAAAGAAAAGCAUUUCCCACAGCUCCUAAACGUCUCACGACUACCUCCAUAGAAACGCCCUUUUGGGUGGGCCCAGACGAAGCUCACUAUCCGUCCGUGUGUAAUUAAUUAGAGUACAUGCAGUACGCACUGUUUGCACUGUACAACGUAUGUAUAUUGAAGUGUCAUUCGUGAAGUGUUGACAAACUGAUAAACUUAACAUAUCUUACAGUGCGCUUAACUGGUCGACCACGCUUUACGCUGGACACGGGUUUAACGUUAAUGUCUGCAGUCACAACAGAAGAUGAUUGUGUUGCUGUUGCUGGCUUUCUGUUUUUCUGAGGGUCUCUCAUAUGAUAAUAACUACUAUGGAGGCACAUUCAGAAUAAUCAUGCACAAAAGGGCUCAAUCCAUCGAGUUCACUUCAAGGCGCAGCUCAGAAGUGAAGAUUUUGUGGAAACGUGAUGACCCUCCAGCCAGCGAGGACAGUAGGCGGAGGGUGAUAUAUGGCCAUUUUGUAAUUAGUAACCUAACCCAGCAAGACAGUGGCCGCUACAUAAUGAGAGACAAGGAUAAACUACCAUUGUAUGUCAAGACCAUUGAGGUUAGAGCAAAGGAGGAGGUUUAUGUUCUGACAGAAGGUGAACGCUUCAGUAUCAGUUUUUAUCUGGAACCACAGUUCUGCAACAUUUACUUCUUCUCAUACAUUAACCAUGGAUUGGUAGAGACUAAGAUUGUGCUUGAUGGCCGGCUGGUGGACAGUAUGUCUCAGUGCUCAGGGAUUCGUCUGUUAAAGCCUUGUGGGAUUUUAAAUGAGGACCUCGAAAUGCCAUGCAGAGGGCGCUAUGAGAUCAGAGAUUCAAAUGGCAACAAUGCCUUAAUGGUGACAUUGGAAAUGGAGCGACUGGAUUCUGAUACUUCUGCUAGUGGUGUUGGCAUUGGUCUGUUCACCAUCAUCUUUCCCUGCUGCUGUACCUGCUUGUGGCACUGCUGCUGUCAUAGGGGCUCCUCCAAAAAGGGCCAAUCUGAAACCCCUGAUGGUGAUCAAGAGCCUGUUGGACAGAGACCAGAACAACACAGUCCUCUUCCCCCUGCCACACGCAACCCAACUCAGCCCCCUCAUACUCCAACUGGCCCACUGAUACACCCUCCUCCUGCUAUGGACACGCCGCCAGCAUAUUCUGAGAUACACCCUCCUCCUGCUAUGAACACGCCGCCAGCAUAUUCUGAGGUUUCAGCUCAAACAGAGGAUCCGGACCCUCCAGCUGUCCCUGUCGACUCUGACCCCGAGGUGCGGUUUGAACUGCAGGGGAUGGCCUUUCCCUCUGCUCCCCUACUCAGUUCAGACUCAGGUUGCAGUGACGUUUAUACCUCAGAUAAACUCAACUUCCUCUGAAUGCCUUGAUUUUGAAAAAUGCUGUUUACAUUUGGUUUAGUAAGUUAUUAAUUAGUGUGACAUUAAUGUCAACAUUUUUAGAAAAAAUACAGUUCUUGGAGUCUCUGUUGCACUGGUCUCAGUCAAAACAUUGUCUGGCACAUAAACCCCCCAUAAAACAGCCAGUUUUCACAGUUUUGUAUGGUCAAAAGGGAUGUAACAUGUUAAUUUGUGAGCUUUAGAGGUUUUGCUUUGCAAAUAUGGUCACCUCUAUGUGUAGCCAAGCUAGCUGAGCUAAGCUAAGCUAACCAGGUUGCUGGCUGCAGCUUCAGAUUGCAGAUGUGAGGGUGGUCUCAGAAAAAAGCAAAGCAUAUUUCAUAAGGUGAGAAGAGUAUUCUUUAAAUAUCUGCACUAUUUUUAUGGCGAAAAAAACCCCCCAAGAAACAACAUUAGAGCCUUCAGAUGCCACACGUUUGACGAGCAGAGCAUGAAAAUUUGUACCCAAGGACGAUCAGAGCCACAGGGAAAUGUACUCACUGUGCUUUCAUGUACUCAAAACUGACAGUGCCUGUGCUUUUUAAAAUUAUUUUCUACCUCAUGAGUCUCACUUAAAGAAUCUGGUCACUUUCUCAUAGUACCGAGUGAAUAGUUUCCUCUCCUUGUUCCUGUGCUUCUGUCGGGGAUAUAGUAUUUAAUGCAGAUCAGUUUGAAUUUUCAGGUAAGACACAUACACACACGUGUCUGUGUGUCUGUGUGUGUGUAUAUAUACACACACACAUAUAUAUACUGUAUAUAUAAUAUAAAGACUUGUAAUAUUUGGUGCUUAUAUAGUUGUAUAGUUACUUCAAAUGAUAUAUAGUUACUUCAAAUAUAGUUAUAGUUAACUUCAAAUGAGCUGAAGAUGUUUUUUCAUAUAUAUAUAUCUAGCGAUGUAUAUAUCUAUAUAUAUAUAGCUUGUGUAUUGCAGGACCACUUUCAUUUGUUCAGGUGAGAUACGCACUCAUAUUGAGACAUUGUGACAAUGAUAAUGUCACAAGCACUGUUGGCCAUUGGAAAGUGGCGCAAUGGCAUUUAAAAACCUCUGGUGCUACACUCGAUGUCAAAACUACACCAUGAAUCGAUUACCUCAUAAUUCUAACUUUAGAUAAAUCUGUCAAUAUAAGCCAUAAGAAUCAUUACCGCUCCAAUGUGCUUUGUCUCUUUUUAUGAUUCACUUGUAUACUAAACACUACACUAACUCUGUGUCAGGGUUUUUUUGCAUGUCAUUGCCUAUUGGGGAAAUAUGAAGGGGUAGAGCUGAUUUUUUUUGUUUACGCACUAACCAGCUGGAGCCUUUUUUAAGAACAUGAUGAGAACAUGUUUAAACUAGUGAGUAUUUUGGGUUUGUAACUUUGUGUAUUUGGACUUUCUGUCAGGUGCAUUAAAGCAAACAAAACUUUA